AUGGGUUUGGUUGAAAUUUUUGAUGUGGUUUUAUGGUUGAAAUUUUGGUUGAAAUAUGGUUUUAUGGUUGAAAUAUUGGUUGAAAUGUGGUUGAGAUGUGGUUUUAUGGUUGGAAUUUUGGUUGAAAUUUUGGUUGAAAUAUGGUUGAAAUGUGGUUUUAUGGUUGAAAUAUGGUUGAAAUGUGGUUUUAUGGUUAAAAUAUUGGUUGAAAUAUGGUUUUAUGGUUGA